UAGUGUGGCAGAGAGCUGCAGAAUUAAAGGGCAAUGGGCUUUCAGCAGGUUUGUGUUAUCAGUGGGUCUUCAGGUGUCCGGACAGGAUGAGUGGAGGAGUCUAUGGGGGAGAUGAGGUGGGGGCGCUGGUGUUUGACAUUGGCUCAUUGUCGGUGAGGGCCGGUUAUGCUGGAGAAGAUUGCCCCAAGGCCGACUUCCCCACCACUCUUGGGGUUCUCUCUCCUGAGGACCCCCUUCCCUCUGAGCUGGAGAAGGAGCACAAGCUGAGCCGGGUCUACUACAUGGAUACUACCAGCUUACACGUGCCCCGGGCACACACUGAGGUCACGUCCCCUCUGAAGAAUGGCAUGAUUGAAGACUGGGAUUCAUUCCAAGCAAUACUGGAUCAUACGUACAACAAACACCUGAAGUCUGACCCCGGCCUCCACCCCGUCCUGAUGUCUGAGGCACCUUGGAACGCCAGAGCCAAGAGAGAGAAGGUGACGGAGUUAAUGUUUGAGCAUUACAAUAUCCCGGCCUUGUUCCUGUGUAAAACUGCGGUGCUGACGGCAUUUGCUAAUGGUCGUUCCACAGGAUUAGUGUUGGACAGUGGAGCAACUCACACCACAGCUAUCCCAGUGCAUGAUGGGUAUGUCCUGCAACAAGGAAUAGUAAAGUCCCCCCUGGCUGGAGACUUCAUCACUAUGCAGUGCAGGGAGUUGUUCCAGGAGAUGGGAGUUGACAUUAUCCCCCCCUAUAUGAUCGCUUCUAAGGAGCCUGUGAGGGAAGGUUCCCCCCCAAACUGGAGGAGGAAAGAUAAACUGCCAACUGUGACCAAAUCCUGGCAGAACUACAUGUGUAAUGAAGUGAUCCAGGAUUUCCAGGCCUCUGUCCUACAGGUGUCAGACUCUCCAUAUGAUGAACAGGUGGCUGCACAGAUGCCGACUGUUCACUAUGAGAUGCCCAAUGGCUACAAUACAGAUUAUGGAGCUGAAAGACUGAGGAUCCCAGAGGGACUUUUUGAUCCAUCCAAUGUCAAGGGCCUGUCGGGCAACACAAUGUUGGGGGUCGGACAUGUAGUUACUAGCAGCAUCGGCAUGUGCGACAUAGAUAUCCGCCCGGGGUUGUAUGGCAGCGUCAUUGUUACCGGGGGCAAUACCCUGCUGCAGGGAUUUAAUGACAGACUAAAUCGGGAGCUUUCUCAGAAGACACCGCCGAGUAUGCGCCUGAAACUCAUUGCCAGUAACAGCUCCAUCGAGCGGCGCUUCAGCUCCUGGAUUGGAGGCUCCAUAUUGGCCUCGCUGGGGACGUUCCAGCAAAUGUGGAUCUCUAAACAGGAAUACGAGGAAGGGGGAAAGCAAUGCGUCGAGAGAAAAUGCCCCUGAGCAACCAGCAAGAGCCCCCCAUCACCACACCAUAGCCACUACCUAGAGCUGGGGUCCCCAACCUUCUUUAAAGGAGAAGGAAAGCUACCAAAGCAGUUUAUUGCACAUAGAUGAGCCACAACAGUGCAGCUAUAACACUAUAUUUAUUCUUCUUAAACCUCCAGGGCUAGGGCUUGAGCAUGCUCAGUGUGCUCCUCUCUCCUCCCUGCUGCAAUCUGAGCCCAGAGCUGAGAUUACCAUACCUGAGUUUACCAUACCUGAGUACCUAAUACAUGAGUUUACUAUACCUGAGUAAACAGCUCUAGAAGCUCUCUUUGUUUGUUUUGGAUAUCAGCUGCCAUAUUAGCUUGGUGUGACAUCACUUCCUGUCUGAGUCUCUCCCUGCUCACUCAUAGCUCUGGGCUCAGAUUACAGCAGGAGGGAGAGAGGAACAAACUGAGCAUGCUCAAGCCCUAGCCCUGGAGGUUUAAGCUGAAAACAGUUAGUCUGAUACAGAAGCCCAUGAGUACACAAUAGAAGGAAAGAAAUGUGAUGUUUCUUUUGACAGAGGACUCAGAGCAGCAUUACUUUGAGGGGUUACUGGUGUAUAUAUAUAGACCUUUCUGAUAAAGCUUACUUACUUUUAGCCUUUCCUUCUCCUUUAACCCAUGAGCCAAAUUGAAAUAUAAGAAGAGUUUGGGAGCAACAUUUCUGGGGGUGCCAUAUAAAGGAUAUGAUUGGCUAUUGGUAGCCCUUAUUUACAGCUACAGGAGAAUCAAUUUGACAGUGAAACUGGUUUUAUGCAGCAAAACUUGCCCCCAAGCCUGGAGCUCCUGCUUUGAGGCCACUGGGAGUAACAUCCAAGGAGUUGGGGAGCAACAUGUUGUCCCAGAGGCGCUGGUUGGGGAUCCCUGGUCUAGAGAGAAGCACCAGCUCAUCUGCCACUAAAUGCAUGAGGUCCCUCCCUACAGUCACUGCCAGUCUUCUCCAUCUUCUACCCACAUUGUGUUCCUUCAGCUCUUACUGUGCCAACCCAGCCCCUUCCAUUGCCUGUUCCCCCACAUGAGCCUUUAUUUCAUCCCUUCCACCAUCUCAACACUGGAGCAUCAUACACUUUCCCACAAUGCACUUCUGGGUAUCUGAGCUGAUCCUGCCCAAACACAUCGGCUCAGUCCACAAUCAUGAACCUGAAGGACUAACGUAUGUCACGGAUCUGAUUUAUUCCCAGUGGGAAUUUGGGCCUUUCAUUAAAGUGAUAUCAUUUAU